CAAUCGUCUGGACUUCACACCGAAGAGCGUCUUGAUAAACGCCUCUUUAGGGUUUACUGUCCUCUCACCCUCUCUUUUCUCUCUAACUCUCUAUUUUGUAUUCAUCUGUUUUCUUCUCCCUUCCAGCGAAAAUGAGAGAGUGCAUCUCGAUUCACAUUGGUCAGGCCGGUAUUCAGGUCGGUAAUGCAUGCUGGGAACUUUACUGCCUCGAGCAUGGCAUCCAGCCCGACGGUCAAAUGCCAGGUGACAAGACCGUUGGUGGGGGAGAUGAUGCAUUCAACACCUUUUUCAGUGAAACUGGUGCUGGAAAGCAUGUUCCUCGGGCUGUAUUUGUGGAUCUCGAGCCCACUGUUAUUGAUGAAGUGAGGACUGGAACAUACCGCCAGCUCUUCCAUCCUGAACAACUCAUCAGCGGAAAGGAGGAUGCUGCAAACAACUUUGCCCGUGGCCAUUACACCAUUGGCAAAGAGAUUGUUGAUCUCUGCUUGGAUCGAAUCAGAAAGCUUGCAGACAAUUGCACUGGUCUCCAAGGCUUCCUUGUUUUCAAUGCUGUUGGUGGAGGCACUGGAUCUGGCCUUGGCUCACUUCUCCUGGAGCGUCUCUCUGUAGACUAUGGAAAGAAAUCUAAACUCGGUUUUACUGUUUAUCCAUCACCCCAGGUCUCAACUUCUGUUGUAGAGCCUUACAACAGUGUCCUCUCUACUCACUCCCUACUUGAGCACACUGAUGUUGCUGUGCUACUUGACAACGAGGCUAUUUAUGAUAUUUGCAGGCGCUCUCUUGACAUCGAGCGCCCCACUUACACCAACCUCAACCGCCUUGUCUCUCAGGUAAUUUCAUCCCUGACUGCAUCCCUGAGGUUUGAUGGUGCGUUGAAUGUCGAUGUGACCGAGUUCCAGACCAACCUAGUCCCCUACCCUAGGAUUCAUUUCAUGCUUUCAUCUUAUGCACCUGUUAUCUCUGCUGAGAAGGCCUACCAUGAGCAGCUCUCGGUGGCAGAGAUCACCAACAGUGCCUUUGAGCCAUCAUCUAUGAUGGCGAAAUGUGACCCACGUCAUGGAAAAUACAUGGCUUGCUGUCUGAUGUACCGUGGUGAUGUUGUUCCCAAGGAUGUCAAUGCUGCUGUUGCUACCAUCAAGACCAAGAGAACCAUCCAGUUUGUGGACUGGUGCCCUACUGGAUUUAAAUGUGGUAUCAAUUACCAGCCGCCCACUGUUGUUCCCGGGGGCGACUUGGCCAAGGUGCAGAGAGCUGUGUGCAUGAUCUCCAACUCAACCAGUGUUGCAGAGGUCUUCUCCCGAAUUGACCACAAAUUUGAUCUCAUGUAUGCUAAGCGUGCCUUUGUUCACUGGUAUGUUGGCGAGGGCAUGGAAGAGGGAGAGUUCUCUGAAGCUCGUGAGGAUCUUGCUGCCCUUGAGAAGGAUUAUGAAGAAGUUGGUGCUGAAUCCGCUGAGGGAGAGGAUGGUGAUGAAGGAGAUGAGUACUGAGUGGGUUUGCUUCCGCUUUUCUGUGUGUUUCAGUCUGCUUGAAGUGUGUUCGUCAUUUCUAUCAAUGCUGUUCUAUGAACUGUUUUUUAGCAAAGUUAGAUACUGUACUAGUCUGGAUUAAUAUUCUGUUCUGAAAGAAUAUAAUGCUUCUAGUUUUAAUGCUUUUUGGUAA